AUGGAUGAAAAUGGUGACUCAGUGAGACAAAUUUUGAAAACAGCCAGCUUUAAGAAAAGGAAAUUGGUUCCUAGUGUUGUCAAUAGUCUUCGGACAUUUUUCCGACAAGAAAAUUGCCAUUUCCUUCUUCACUUCAUCCCAAGAAAAGAAAAUACAGUGGAAGAAGGAUGUAAUAAAGGUGCAGGAAGUAAGUUAAAGGGAGAAUUCAAUGAAGAUAUUGUGAUGCAAAUCAAGAAGAAAAUUCGGGAAAAGAAUCGAGUAUCAUAUGCAGUUUUAGCGGUGCUGUUUGAAGAUUUCAUUCAAAAAUCUGGCGCUUAUUGCAUUAAACACACCCACACUUCUUCCGAAAAAGCAGAAAAAAAGUUAACGAAUUUACAACAAUUUGUUGCUCUGAUAAAGCAGAAAGAGCACAAAAUGAAAAAAUUGUCAAAUGUCACGCAAUGGAUCAUGCAUUCUUCUUCAAGGAACUCAAAUUUAAAAAUGGAAGAAUUGUAUAAAACAGUAUAUAUUAUCAAGAAAAGGAAAGAAAAUAUCCACUCUUUAUGCGAUUUAUUAUCAAAAAAUUAUGAAAUGAAAGGUGAUGCUAAUCGUUAA